UCGGCACCUGUCCGCACCAUGGCGGCUCGGGGGGCUGUGGGUCGGUGGGGUGCUGCUGCCGUAGCUGCCACCCGCAGGGGGCUGCUCUGCUCCCGAAGGGGCUUCAGCGCUUCGGCAGACACUGUGUACGAUGUAGUGGUGUCGGGCGGAGGCCUGGUGGGAGCCGCCAUGGCCUGUGCCUUGGGACAUAAUCCUCACUUUCGUGACAAGAAAAUCCUGUUGUUAGAAGCAGGCCCUAAAAAAGUUUUGGAGAAAUUGCCAGAAACUUACAGCAACAGAGUCAGCUCCAUCUCCCCUGGUUCUGCAACCCUCCUCAGUAGUUUUGGUGCCUGGGACCACAUCUGCAGCAUGAGAUGCAGAGCCUUCCGGCGGAUGCAGGUGUGGGAUGCCUGCUCCGAGGCUCUGAUACUGUUUGACAAAGAGAACUUGGAUGACAUGGGCUACAUAGUGGAGAAUGACGUCAUCCUGCACGCUCUCACCAGGCAGCUGGAGGCCGUGUCAGACCGAGUAACGGUUCUCUACCGGAGCAAAGCAGUCGGCUACACCUGGCCCUGUCCUUUGGCCAUGACAGACUCUAGCCCGUGGGUUCUCAUUACCCUGGAUGACGGCAGCACGCUCCAGGCCAAAUUGUUGAUUGGCGCAGACGGUCACAACUCGGAAGUACGGCGGGCUGCGGGAAUCCAGAACAUCAGCUGGAACUACGAUCAGUCUGCUGUUGUGGCGACUCUGCACCUGUCAGAGGCCACGGAAAACAAUGUCGCUUGGCAGAGAUUUCUUCCCUCCGGGCCCAUUGCUCUCCUCCCGCUCUCAGACACCUUGAGCUCCCUGGUUUGGUCCACGUCCCACGCACACGCAGCAGAGCUGGUCAGCAUGGAGGAGGAACAGUUUGUGGAUGCCAUUAACUCGGCCUUUUGGAGCGAUGCUAACCACACAGACUUUGUCGACUCGGUGGGCGCCUUGCUGCAGUCUACGAUUGCCUUUCUGAAGCCUACCAAGGUCUCCGCACGCCAGCUGCCCCCAAGCGUAGCCAGCGUGGAUGCCCAGAGCCGAGUACUGUUCCCCCUUGGAUUGGGACAUGCCGCUGAGUACGUGCGGCCUCGACUUGCACUCAUUGGGGACGCAGCCCACCGAGUACACCCGCUGGCAGGACAAGGGGUCAACAUGGGCUUUGGGGAUAUUUCCAGUUUGGUUCAUCACCUCAGUACCGCAGCCUUCAAUGGGAAAGACUUAGGCUCCAUGAGCCAUCUCACAGGUUAUGAAACAGACCGGCAGCGUCACAACACGGCUCUUCUCGCUGCCACCGACCUGCUCAAAAGGCUGUAUUCCACCAAGGCCGCUCCGCUGGUGCUGCUCCGGUCGUGGGGCCUGCAGGCUACGAAUGCAGUAUCUCCACUCAAGGAGCAGAUUAUGGCCUUUGCAAGCAAAUGAAUGCUUCCGUGAAGAUGACUUGAUGAAAAAUCAACAUUCUUUUCCAUGAUGUCACAUAUUUUCAAUAACACCUUUUCAUAUUUAAUAAAUGGACGGCAGAAUUUCCCAGUCUUCUCUGCUUACUGUGUAUUUGUGGCUCUAACAAUGAACAAUAACUUUUUGUGAACUUUUCUUUUUCAAGCCAAGGAAAAACUCCAAAGAAAGAUUGUGAUUUGAUUGAAAAGAGCGUUUUAUUACUAAAACAAAAUUUGCUGAGGUACUUUCUCAUUUAUUUUUCACUUGUUAACAACUAUUUGUGAACAGGAGUUAUACAACUGUAUUUUAAUGCUGGUAAUAAAUUUAUAGUUUCAAAAAUAAUUAUAUUCAACUUAUCCAUAUUUGUUAGGGUUGCUGUUUUAGAACUAUAAACAUUAAAAUGCAGAUUAAAUAUAAAUUGUUUGAACCUCCAGGUGCACUGGACUUUCUGAAAAGAAAGCCACAACAUAUUAAUGCUAGUUAUUACUUUGUCAUGGCACCGUAUUUCAGUUUUAUUUUCGGUUUCUCUCUGGGACAUACUCUCUGUUCGGUAAUAAAAUAAAUAAUUUAAUUGCACACACUUACAAACCUCUGGAACUAGGUCAAAGGGGGAAAUUGUAGCAGCAGAAUAUGUUCAUGUUUAAUGGCGAACUAGUGGCCAGGUGGGGAGGGCGUUUUAAAAAGCUCACUUCACAGUACCAGAGAUGCCUCUUGAAAUUUUUUUUUUUAAUUCGUUAGAUUUGUGGACUAUAAAAAAUAUCUUGCCAAAAAGUCUGAUUUAAAGUCUGUGCUCUCUGUUCACUCUCUCCUCUCUUUCCCUCUCUCUCUCUGUAUAUAUAUAUAUAUAUUUGUACACACACACAUAUACACACUUAGUUCAUAGACCACACCUGGUAUUUGACCCAGACCUGGCUGACCAUAUGUGGUGCUGGGGACUGAAUUAGGGUCAGCAGUAUGCAAGGCAACUGCCUUAAACCCCUGUACUCUCUCUCUGGCCCUCAGAUUUCUAGGAAUACUUUUUGAAGCAUGAGAAAUUUUUAAUAGAGGCGAGAUUUUCAGGUAAAUGCAGAUUUAUAUGCUACUGGAAUUUAAAAAAUGACAGUGUCACAAGCCAUCCUGGAAUCUCUGGGAAAAUGUGCUGUUAUCAGUUUGGCAGCUACUGUGAAAAGCUGUGUGAUAGCUGGCAGAGUCCAGAGUCCAGCUGUAGGAUAAGAGGGCAUCUUCACAAAACAUGGAAAGGCAGGCCCUUAGGUAAGGGGCAUGUAGCCUGUUCCACGAGUAUGCAAACCAAAUCAAGCAAGGCAGGAACUUUAAGGCACACCGUGCAAGAACAAAUAACCCAUGGGUCUUUUUCACAUGACAAUUAGAACACACAAACAACAUCCACAAUAUACCAGGCCAUGUCCUCAGCAUUAGAAAUAAUAAACAGUUACAGAAAAGGAACUUUACUGGCAGUUAUUAGACUCUCAUACCCCUAAAGAAGAUCCAAAAGGGUUAAGCAAAUCUUUUUUCCUCAGAAAAAAAUUCUCAUUGAAAUUUCUCCUAUAAUAGAUGUUCUUUUUUUUUUUUUUUUUAAGUCAACAUCAGUACUUACAGAGACGCAUUUCUGGAGUAAAAGUGUAUUAGUUGAAGACUCCUAAAUGUUUGUGAAGUGACCAACAGAAUCUGCCAAACAGUUCAUGAUCCUUGCUUAUGAGCUCCAGAUGUGCUAUUUGGGAACCAGGAGCAGUAAGGCUGGAGGAAAUGUUAGUGAACACAGUUUACCUCCUGGAAAACAAUUCGGCUUCUACUAGAGGAAGCUAUUUCCCCCUAGACAUGGAACAAGGUUUAGCAUAUGAUGACUUUUUUGAUAGCCUAGAAGUCAUGUUUUAAUGUUGAAAGAGAGGCUAUAAAUAACUUGGAAGUUUUUUAGAAGCAGAAAAACUGUAAAGAAAGCAUUCAAGCAGGACUAAGACUCCUGAGCAGACAAUUGGGUUUCAGCUAUCGGGAAUCUAACAUUCAUAUAGUCCCCAAGUGGGAUGAGUUGCCUGAAAAUAUGCCUAGAAAUAAGCUAAGGACAAGUUAAUGUUAAUGACCUUUGCAAUGGGCAAAAGUCUGGAUUAGAUCCUUGGGCCAUUUCCAACUUGGAAGAUUCUAUUAUUUUAUUAUGUGGUAUGGAGGGGGUGGGUACCACAACUCACAGUACUCGGGAAUUAUUCCCAGCAGGUCAAGGGAACAUAUGGGGGUGCCGGGGAUUGAACCCGGAUACUAUAUGUUAUUUUUUAAGGAAGGAAACGUAGAUAAGGACUUUGAUAUAAUAGGAGUAUUGUGAGGAGUCUUAUAGUGAGUUAAAAAAAAAAAAUCUUGGGGCUGGGGCAAUAGUACAGCAGGUAGGGCAUUUGCCUGGUUGACGCGGGUUCAAUCCCCAGAACUCCAUAUGGUCCCCCAAACACUUCCAGGAGUAAUUCCUGAGUGCAGAGCAAGGAGUAAUCACUGUGCAUCACCAGGUGUGACCCAAAAAGCCAAAAUAUCCUUACAUUUAAUUAAAGUGAUAAAACCUAAGGGCUGAGAAUAUAGCUCAGUGACAGAGCUCUGUCCUGGUAUUUGUGAGGUUCUGGGUUUGAUCCCAGACACUACCAAAAAAACCCGCAGAAAACAAACAAACACCACAAAAAUCCUAAAACUAGGGGGAUAAGGAAAUAGAAAACACUGGAUGUUACAUAUUGACUCAAUGGAACAACAACAA